AUGUCCCUGUAUUAUGGAACUGCUUGCAGGAGAAAAUUUUUUGAGGGCUAUAGGCUGCUGUCAACCUAUGUCACUAAGACACGGUAUUUAUUUGAACUGAAAGAAGAUGAUGAUGCAUGUAAAAAAGCCCAGCAGACAGGAGCAUUUUACCUCUUUCAUAACUUGGCUCCUUUGCUUCAGAAAUCAGAACAUCAGUACGUGGCCCCCCAGCAUAGCCUAUUAGAGUUGGAAAGGCUCCUGGGUAAGUUUGGACAAGACUCUCAAAUACUAGAAGAUUCUGUGCUAAUUGGAUGCUCAGAACAGCAAGAAGCAUGGUUUGCUCUGGAUCUAGGUCUAAAUAGCUCUUCUUCCAUAAAUGCUUCCUUACAGAAAGCUGAAGUGGAGACAGCCCUCCAGGGGUCGUUCAUUAAGCUGACAAAGGCUCUCUUUGAGCUGAAUGUGAAGGAUGCCUCCUUGCUGUCCACGGCUCACGCUCUUCUUCGUUGGCAUGAUGCUCAUCAGUUCUGCAGCAGAAGUGGGCAGCCCACCAAGAAGAAUGUGUCUGGUAGCAAGCGUGUGUGCCCUUCCAAUAACAUCAUCUAUUAUCCACAGGUGGCACCUGUGGUGAUCACUCUGGUGUCAGAUGGAACUCGAUGCCUGCUUGUCCGCCAGAGUUCCUUUCCCAAGGGAAUGUAUUCUGCCUUGGCAGGUUUUUGUGAUAUAGGUGAAAGUCUGGAAGAGACUGUCCGGCGAGAAAUUGCAGAAGAGGUGGGAUUGGAGGUGGACAGACUGCAUUACUCUGCAUCCCAGCAUUGGCCCUUUCCUCACAGCACACUCAUGAUUGCUUGUCAUGCAACUGUGAAACCAGGGCAGACAGAGCUCCAGGUGAACUUGAGAGAAUUAGAAGCAGCUGCCUGGUUCAGUCGUGAUGAGGUGGCCACAGUCCUGAGAAGAAACCACCCAUCUAAUCAGCAACAGAGUGGUGCUGUCCCAUUCUGGUUGCCCCCCAAGUUAGCCAUUGCCCACCAACUGAUAAAGGAGUGGGUGGAAAAACCAACCUGUUCUCCCCUGCCUGCUUAG